UCAAUGUCACACUCCUAUUUUUGAGCCAGGGAACAGGUGCCCCAUCUGUCACUCAAACUCUGCACCGCCAGGAAAAAAGGGACAGUUUGGGGCGUUGACCAGAAAAAAUAGAUUUUGGAAACCAGGUGGAAUGUUCUCCGGGAAAAGUGCGGAGAAAUGUGGUGACUGCCGGGAAGUUUCUCCCAUCUAACCUGCUGUGUGGGGGAGCCCAGGGGAGCACCCUGCCAGGACACCACGAUUCAUUGAAGGCAUAUCGAUCGUACAUAGAGCGAAGCCGGUGCUGAGGUGUAACGGGUUGGAAUGGACAUCUCUUCUGCUGGAUGUUAUCUACAAGGAAGACCUCCUUACACUUGUCUGUCCUGAGGAUACAGUUGGGCCUCGUUUGUACCGGCGGUGGAGUUUACAGCGCAGUGAUAAAAAAGGAUGAACUAAAGUGGUGAAGAUUACGGGAAGUUUCCACAUAAGCUGAAAGAAGUGUUUGCACUGACACAGCCUCAGGAAAGCCGAAGAUGGCUGCCAAACGCAAAGGCGGCCUGAAACUAAAUGCUAUCUGUGCCAAACUAAGCCGGCAGGUUGUAUCAGAACAUGGAUCAGAUCUAGGAGAUGCUGAACCUGGACCACUGGAAAGCAGUGAAAGAGAAGGGGAAAAUAAACGAGAAGCGGAUCCCGCCGACAACCUCACCUCUGAUCAACAAGCAGAGGAAGAUAAACGCCGUAGGGAGGUCAUAGAGAAAUGGGUCAAUGGGGAGUACACAGAAGAACCCCUCGAAAGGCCGACUAAAGACUAUAAGAGAAUAGGCUUGGCUGAUCUUCCUCCUGAAGGUGUCUACAUGGUACAGCCCAAGGGGUGCAGUGAUGACGAAGACAACACUGAGGAGUCCAAACCCCCCUCCCAAACCAGCAGGUACUUGGAGGAGAGAGCGCCUGAGAAGACUGUCUCCAAGGAACCAGAGGCAACUGCAAAACUUGCCUCGGGAGCACCUUCAGGAGAAACAUCCACGUUGCGAGAUUAUGCGGCCAACACUAUGAGCGAGUUCCUUGGGAUGUUUGGCUACACCCAACCUAAUGUAAGGGAUGAGCUUGCAAAGAAACUUAGCUUUGAGAAGAUCAAUGCUGCUACCUCAGAGACCACCUCUGCUGAAGACCCUCUCAGUAAGCGUGCUAGGUUCUCCAAGUAUGAGGAGUAUAUUCGGAAACUGAAAGCUGGGGAGAAUCUGUCUUGGCCCGCUCAUGUUGUAAAGGCUGAAGAACCACCGAAUUCCAAACCCAUACAGAGCAAAGAUACUUCAACGGCUCUUCAGCCAUCACCGCAGCCACUGGUUAGCAGAGCACCAGUACAUGAGACAGUAAUUCUGCAAGAACCGAAAGCAACUGUCUUGCCUCUAACAGCGGCUGGCAGCUCUCAUAUGCAAGGCCUUAUGUCUCGAGCUUCCAAAUAUGACUUUUUUAUCCAGAAGCUAAAAACAGGAGAGUCUAUAAGACCACAGAAUGGAAACACAUACAAGAAACCCUCCAAAUAUGACCUGGAGAAUGUCAAGUAUCUUCACCUUUUUAAACCAGGAGAAGGGAACCAGGACAUGGGAGGCGCUAUAGCUUUUAAAACCGGGAAAGUUGGGCGGCCUUCCAAAUAUGAUGUACGUAAUAUCCAAAAGCUUACUCCCUUGAAAGCAGCUGCGGUUGUACCAAGUAUGCCCCCUGCUCCUAUCACAAGCACUCCCUCCACCCCCGUGCCUGCAUCUGAGCAACCAGUAGCGUUGCCUUUCAACACUCCAGAAUAUCUCAAAUCAACCUUCUCUAAGACAGACUCCAUCACUACAGGAACAGUCUCCACCGUGAAGAAUGGACUACCCCCAGACAAGCCCCCAGAAGAUGUAAAUAUAUACCAGAAAUAUAUUGCCAGAUUUUCAGGCAGCCAACACUGCGGUCACAUUCACUGUGCAUAUCAGUACCGGGAACACUACCACUGCCUGGACCCAGAGUGUAACUACCAGAGAUUUACCAGUAAGCAAGAUGUGAUCCGCCAUUACAAUAUGCACAAGAAACGCGACAACUCUCUGCAGCACGGCUUCAUGCGUUUCAGUCCAUUAGAUGAUUGCAGUGUUUAUUAUCAUGGCUGCCAUCUAAAUGGGAAAAGCACACACUACCACUGCAUGCAGGUGGGAUGUAACAAAGUCUACACAAGCACCUCAGAUGUAAUGACACAUGAAAACUUCCAUAAGAAGAAUACCCAGCUGAUUAACGAUGGCUUUCAGCGCUUCCGAGCCACUGAGGACUGUGGCACAGUCGACUGCCAGUUCUAUGGCCAAAAGACUACUCACUUCCAUUGCAGGCGCCCAGGAUGCAGCUUCACCUUCAAAAACAAGUGUGACAUAGAGAAGCACAAGAGCUACCACAUUAAAGACGAUGCAUAUGCAAAGGAUGGAUUCAAGAAGUUCUACAAAUAUGAAGAGUGCAAAUACGAAGGAUGUGUGUACAGCAAGGCCACCAAUCACUUUCACUGCAUUCGCACUGGAUGUGGUUUCACGUUCACCUCCACCAGCCAGAUGACCUCACACAAGCGCAAACAUGAGAGGCGGCACAUCCGCAGCUCGGGGGUGCUUGGCCUUACAUCUUCCCUUAUUGGGGGAAAGGACAAUGACCUGGAGGAGUCUAGCAAUGAUGAUCUCAUUGACUUUUCUGCUUUAAGCAGCAAGAACUCUAGUCUGAGUGCCUCGCCUACAAGUCAGCAGUCUUCCAUAUCCCUGGUUCCUACUGUUUCUGAGGCACCUUCUCCACAAACACUGAAAUCCACCAGCACCAUUCCACCUACAACUAAGAUGUCAACCCUUUUGUCCCAGACAUUGCCGAUUAACAUGCCCUUGGCUUUAGCCUUAUCUAGUUCUACACUCCCUGCAGGAUCUGGGCCAUAUUUCCCUAUCAUAAGUGGACGUGGUGGCACGUCAAUGCCCAUCAGCACCAGUAAUAUAGUGGCCGUGGCUGCCCCCAACACCUCUCCACAGUCUGCUUCUGGGGCCAGCGAUCAAAAUAGCACUUCGCCAGCUGCUACAUCCAUUAUGGAAAAGAUUUCUGCCAGUAAAGGGCUAAUCUCUCCUAUGAUGGCAAGGCUGGCAGCAGCCGCCAUCAAACAGUCUCCGUCACCUGAAACAGGCAAUGGGCAAGUAUUAGGACGGAUUAAACUAGAGGCUCCAGAUACAGAAGGAACCACGCCCCAAAGUAGCUCUCAGGAGCAGAGCCUGGACCUGAGUAUAAACAGUAAUGAGACCAAUGGCCAAGAAGUACCAACUGAUUUACAACUACAUUCUUCUUUUGUGAGCAAGAUCAAGCACUCAGCUUCAAACACGAGCAGCUUGUUAAGCCUGAAAACAGAUCCAGACAGUAGUGAUUCGGGGGCAGGAGAGUCCACCCAUUAUCUGGGCAAAGUGAUGAAGGCCCUUGACGGUGAAAAGCAUACAGAACCCUGGAAGACAUAUUUACGCAGGUUUGGUCCUGCAGAUGUGUGUGACCAACAGUGUGACUUUCUUCAUAAACUGCAUUUCCACUGUGUUGUAGAGGAAUGUGGAGCACUUUUCAGUACUAUUGAUGGAGCCAUAAAACAUGCCAACUUUCACUUGCGAAAUGAUGUCGGAACUUCAAAAGGUAGCUCCGAAAUACCUUAUUCUGCAGACUCAAAAUCCCCCCCUUUAACCUUAAACAUGGCGCCUGGUUGUGAGGUUCCAGCUCCUUGUCUCGCUGCUGUCCCAUCCACUCCAACUCUUCUGGCUUGGAAACAGCUGGUAUCAUCCAUCCCACAGAUCCCCCAGAUCCCCACCUCAGUACCCAGUUUAGCUUCAUCCCCCAUGGCAACAACAUCUCUGGAGAAUGCCAAGCCUCAGGUCAAGCCAGGAUUUCUGCAGUUCCAUGAGAAUGAUCCAUGCCUGGCAACUGACUGCAAAUAUUCAAACAAGUUUCAUUUCCAUUGUCUGUUUGGAAACUGCAAGUAUGUGUGUAAAACGUCGGGUAAAGCAGAGUCUCAUUGCCUUGACCACAUCAACCCCAAUAACAACCUGGUGAAUGUGCGGGACCAGUUUGCAUACUAUUCCCUGCAGUGCCUGUGCCCCAACCAGCACUGUGAGUUUAGAAUGCGUGGACACUACCACUGUCUACGGUCCAACUGCUACUUUGUCACCAAUAUCACUACCAAGCUGCCAUGGCAUGUGAAAAAACAUGAGAAGGCUGAACGAAGAGCAGCAAAUGGCUUCAAGUACUUCACAAAGCGAGAAGAAUGUGGGAGACUGGGGUGCAAAUACAAUCAGGUGAACAGUCAUUUUCACUGCAUUCGGGAUGGCUGUCAGUUUUCUUUCCUGCUAAAACACCAGAUGACAUCACAUGCCCGCAAACACAUGAGAAGGAUGCUGGGAAAGAACUUUGAUCGUGUACCUGGACAGUUGGUUCCACAAACACCUAUGAGUGGCAGCACAGCCCCAAGUCCAGAAAAUCCCAUGUUUCACACUCCAGGUCAGAGUAUGAUGGACACAGAGACUGAUGAAUAUAUGGAUUACACCGGUUUGGGCAGUCCUGGUGGGAUGUCGUCUGAGUCCUCCAACCCUGAUCGCAGCUGCUCCAGUACUCCUGUGGGCAAUGAAAGUACCGAUGCAGGCUGCCUGGUCCCUUCUGCUUCUGACGACGCUCUCACCCACAAUGCACCUCCACCACCUCCAACAGCGGCUAUGCCUCAUGCUCUUACCUUUCCUCCUGCCUUGAUCAGGCCUCCCCUCUCUUCCCUUCCGUACUUGCUGUCUCCAUCCUGUGUCUCAUACUCCCUGAUCACUGCCAGCCUGGGGGUUAGCAGGGGCAUCGUGGUGCCAACAAGCAGCGCUCCAACUUUCACACCAGUAAUAGCCACGCAAGCUCCAGUCAAAAGUGAUGUUCCACUAGUACAGGACGCAGCAGGGAACACCAUCACCAUGCCAACAGCUUCUGGAGCCAAAAAACGAUUCUGGAUCAUUGAGGAUAUGUCACCUUUUGGUAAACGACGCAAGACCGCUUCUUCCCGCAAAAUGCUGGAUGAAGGGAUGAUGUUGGAAGGAUUCAGGCGUUACGAUCUAUAUGAAGACUGCAAAGAUUCAUCAUGCCAGUUCUCCUUGAAGGUGACCCAUUAUCAUUGUACCAGAGAGAACUGUGGCUACAAAUUCUGUGGCCGAACACACAUGUACAAGCACGCCCAACACCACGAUAGGGUGGACAACCUGGUUCUGGAUGACUUUAAGCGGUUUAAAUCCUCUCUUAGCUGCAACUUCCCUGACUGCCAGUUCUCAGGGAACAGCACUCACUUUCACUGUUUGCGCUGUGGCUUCCGAUGCACUGACAGCACUAAAGUAACCGCGCACCGCAAGCACCACGGAAAGCAGGACGUCAUCAGUGCUGCCGGAUUCUGCCAAUUCAGCUCCAGCGUAGAUUGUGAAGUGCCCGACUGCAAAUACAAGUUGAAGUGCUCACACUUUCAUUGCACUUAUCCCGGCUGUAAGCACACUGUGGUGGGAAUGUCUCAAAUGGACUCACACAAGCGCAAACACGAGAAACAAGAACGAGGGGAGCUACCCUCUGUUUCUCCUGGUCCAGAAGGAUCAAUUCAUAGUGCUCCCGAGUUUGACCUCCAAAAUCAAAGCGUGAACUUGGACAGCUCUCUCAACUUGAGCACAGACACUCACAGCUCCCUCCUGUUCCUACAAAAUGCUGCUGGGGUAGGCCUGAAUGACUCACUAGACCUGAGCAAGAAGCCACAGGAUGGGCCUGACAGUGGCUCCAGGGAAAACACUGAGACGACUAAUUGCCGGAAUGCCGACGAUGACCUGUCCCAGGAAGAUGAUGAUGAUGAUGAUGAUGAAGAGGAUGACGACGACGACGAUGAUGAGGACGAUGAUCUUAACACAGAUUCUGAGGAUUCCUUGGCUGAUGGUGAAUGUUUACCAAGGAAAGGAAUCAACGCAAGCGCAGGGGAUUCUACAAACCACUGUGAUACCUUCACAACUCCAUUAAACCUUGAGUUCCCUUGAAGCUACUUUAAACUUUGAAUGUUUUAUAAGUCACUCCCAAUGAGGGCCCUGCUCUCACAACCCAUACAAACACCCCAAAAAUAAAUACAAAGAACAAGUGAAGGAAUAGUAAAUUAAAGGAAAAAAAAAAGCAGCUUAAAAUGACUUCUGCAAGGGGGGACUUGACCAAGUGAUCAGUAGACAAGACUCAAGGGGGCAUUUCUGUUUGCUGGCCUCCUCCAUUACAAUCUAUUCAUUCUGGUGCUUGAGAGCAAAUGGGACAAAGCAUAUUUCUGUAUGACUCAACUUAAUAUAAAAAAAAUCCAACUGCUGGCCCUUUUAAAAAGGGGUGACAAGAUGGGGUAUUCGCUACUCCAGCUCUAGCAUGCCAGAAAAAAAAGGAUAACGCUUCUAUGUGUUUUGUGGCAAGGGAGGAGGUCAGCUGGGCUUGGGUUAUGGGUAUUUAUUGAUUAGCAUUAUCAGGCGCCCUGUGAUGAGGCUCUCUCUCCUGUUCUUCCAGUUUCUCUCUGGGUUGUUCCCGAGAAGCUAUUGUUUUAUUUUAUAAAUAUUUAUAUAGAAAGCUUUUUUUUUUUUUUUUUCCUCUGCACCAAUUGCUCUGGUUUAUUUAUUUAUUUUGGCAUUGUUCUGGCGUAUUGAACAUAAGACUUGUAUAAGCAGCCAGGCUAAACCUCAUGACGGUUGGGGAUCCCUUCAGCCCCUCUUUGACGUGCUGUUAUUGCUUGAUAAAAUAUUGGAAAUUUUAGUGGGGGUAGAUAAAUGUGUCAUAAGAGGUGGGAUUCCUGUAGCACCUUCCGAAGAAAGUUCCAUAAGCAAGAAACUAUUGCUGCUCAGGAGUCAGUAGAGCCACGGUUCUCUUCCACUUUGAACUGUUCUGUGUAGCCCAGCUAUAGUGUGACCUUUAGUGGAACAUCAAAUGUCUACAUACUGCAAAGCGGUUGUUAUAUUCUAGAGGAAACAGAUGGGGCUAGCACUCAAUUCUACAGACCAAUAACUAUAGCACAGGAUGCCCUCUUUCUCAGGUAGAAAACUAUUCAGUAAAAAAAAUAAAAAAUUAUAAAAUAUUAUGGUCGGAGGCUUCUUAUUUUCUCUUUUCGGCUUAUCAUAAAUAAGCUUUUAAAUAAGCAUUCUGCUCUCCUUUCCCUUUUUUUUUUUUAUAACGGUCACUAGAUAGGCUUCUGUGGCCCUUUCUACCCAAAUCCAACAAGGUUUUCUGCCAAAGGAAAGCAGCAUUUGAGUGUUAAAUCAAUGUGCAAGUUCUCGGACCGGGAUUAUUUAAGAUUUAGUAAGUGGAUGUUGGUAGCGCUACUACAAGUAUUCAAAGCACUACAGAAUGGCUUCCAUCUUCUUUAACUUAUCAGACACAAAUUUAACAGGACCCACCCACCUCAACGAUUCCUAGACGAGUUCGAUUUAGUUACCUUAAAAAAUUAAAAAAUAAAAAAAAUAAGCAAACAGCAAAUAGAUGAGGAGGAAAAAGCCUCAAGUGUUCACAAUGAAUGAUGUCAGAGCAACUUAUUAAUUCUGAUUUAAAAGAAAAAGUUGUACAGUAUUUUUUUCUGUAAAGGUUAUUAUAUAUAGAACAAAAAAGCAAAAGUGAAAAAAAAAAAAUAUAGAAAAAAAAAAAGUAAGCUUGCAAAAAGGUAGGCUGUAUGUCUGAGCAUCAGCAGGCAAAUUUCAGCCCCUAGUCCCUGCUUUAACUAUUUUUUUUUUUAGCUUCUGAUUUCUUGGAAGUCCUGAUGUCCGACUUCACUUUAGCACUGAAAUGCGUGAUUCCGACUUUUAACUUGAAUUUUAUAGAGAAUAAAAUAACGUAAUGUUCAGAUAAUAUGGAGGAUUGUAAUCUUCAGAUUGUUAAUAUAAGUUUGUAGUUAUAUAUUUAAUUUGUGGGUUUCCUCCUCGAUCAGUUACGUGUGCUUUUUUUUUUUUUUUUUUUUGCAGGGUUUUUUUUUUGUUUUGUUUUUUAACGUAUAAAUAUAUUUUAUCUGUGAGAUGAGUCUGGUAAUAAAUGCCUCUCAAACCCUUUUGCAACUAAGAAAACCAUCAAUGUGUGAAACAUACAGUGUGGUUUCUCAGAAGCCAAACGGUUAACUAUAUGAAGAUAGGAGUGGUGUUUUGCAAUUUUUUUUUUAUAUAUGCUGUAAAACAUCACAGCAAUCACUAUGAACUUCCCUUUCCUGAUGCCCUCUAUUUGUCGUAUACCUCAAAUGAAAAAUGUAAAA